GUGUGGUGGUGUAUGAGGUGGAGUGUGUCGGUAUAUCGGGAUUAUUUUCGAUAGAUUUAUCAUCAGUUACUCACCAUUCAGCUCAAAGAAGUGUGUGACGCAUGAUGGUGGAAGUUCAGUUGCCAUGGUGAUGCAGUGGUGGAACGUGUGUGUGCACUGUGCUGCGUUGUCGUGGCGGUGACUGUGUGUGUGAGUGUGAUGCUACGCUGGACAGUGUGUUUGGACGGUGGUCCACGCAGGGUGAACCAUGCUGCUGUAGCAGUGGGUCAUAAAGUGUACUCUUUUGGGGGGUACUGCUCCGGGGAGGACUAUGAAACACUGCGGCAAAUUGAUGUGCACAUCUUCAACACCGUGUCCCUGCGAUGGACAAAGCUUCCCCCGGUGAAGACCGGCGGUAGAGAACAUUCUCCUGAAGUUCCCUACAUGCGGUACGGACACACAGCCGUGCUGGUGGAUGAUACUAUCUACAUUUGGGGUGGGAGGAACGAUACAGAGGGGGCGUGUAACGUCCUGUACGCCUUUGACAUUAGUAGUCACCGGUGGUGGACACCAAGAGUAUGUGGGACAGUCCCUGGUGCAAGAGACGGACACUCAGCCUGCAUCAUUAACAAAGACAUGUACAUAUUUGGGGGUUAUGAACAACUGGCUGACUGUUUCUCAAAUGACAUACACAAGCUGGACACAACCACCAUGUGCUGGACAUUAAUUAAAGCUAAAGGAACCCCCGCACGGUGGAGAGAUUUCCACUCGGCGACAGUUAUCGGUUCAAAGAUGUUUGUGUUUGGUGGGCGAGCUGAUCAGUUUGGUCCGUUUCACUCCAAUAAUGAGAUUUACUGCAAUAAGAUCAAAGUGUUCGACACAGAUACCAACAGCUGGCUCAACACACCAACCAAUCAGAUUCAACCUGAGGGUCGCCGCAGCCACUCAGCAUUUGCGUAUAAUGGAGAGCUGUACAUAUUUGGAGGCUACAAUGCUCGACUGGACCGUCACUUUAACGACUUGUGGAAGUUUAAUCCAGAGGCGUUCUGCUGGAAGAAGGUGGAACCGAAGGGGAAGUUUCCGUGUCCACGUAGACGUCAGUGCUGUUGCAUUGUGGGAGAUCGGAUCAUCCUGUUUGGGGGAACCAGUCCUUGUACAGAACAGGGUUUGGGUGAUGAAUUUAACCUGAUGGAUCACUCAGACCUUUACAUCCUUGACUUCUGUCCAAAUCUAAAGACUUUAUGUAAAUUAGCUGUAAUUCAGUUCAGUCUGGAACAAUCAGGACUACCACAUGACAUCAGGUGGGAGCUGGUGGCCAUGACGACCAACAGCAACAUCAGCCGCCCCAUCUUCUCUUCUCAUGGAUAAUAAAUGCCUGCAUUGUUACACACACACACACACACAAACACACACACACACACACACACACACACACACACAUUUGUAUUACUAUUUUUGUGAGGUUCUUUUCAUUGUGUUUAACUGUAAGCUAAAAACUCUGCACCUAUACCUAACCCUUACCUAAACCCCACACCUCACCACGACUCCACACCUCACCUACAUCUAAUUUUAACCUCACACCUACAGCAUAACCACUCUACCACCUCACCCAAUUUUACCCAGAUUCUUCACCUCAACCAAACUUAAUCCACAAACCUACCCCUAUACCUAACCCAGAACCGAACCCUACUGCAAACCUAACCCUAACAUUACCCUUAAACUAGCUAAAAUACACUUAUGUUGGGAGAACAUUUUUAUUUACUGGUAUCAAUGUGGGGACGUUUAAUUUUCACAAAUGUAGUAAUACACACACACACACACACACACACACACAAUCACUCAUAUACGUAUGUACACACACUGUACGUUGUUGCACUGUGUGCAUGUGUGAUUACAGUUUUCCCCCGCUGACUGAAAGUAGAGCGUUCCCAUGAAACUUUUAGUACCUGUGAUUUCUAUGGGAAUAAUUGAACCAGAACAAAUCAAAUAACUUAUUAAAUCUGAAAAUAAACUUAGUAACAGCAGGAGGAAUCUGAUGAAUUCACAGCCGAUCUAAAGUAGAAAUAAUGUUGUUGGAAUGCUUGCUGCAAAACAAAUGCUGAACUCUAUUUUUAAAAAUCGUCUUUUGAUUUUAUUCUGUAAGUUCAAAUGUAAGUAAAAGCGGGGGAUAGCUGUAUUUAUCUGUAUUCCGUCAGCUCUUGGUAUUAAAUGACUUUGUUCAUCA